AGCUACAAGUCGGCGAAGUCGCUGCCUCUCACGUGUUGUAAGAAUUACAGUAACAAAACAUCAAUGGUUCGCUUGUCGUAUUAUCGUUUCUAAGUCGUAAUGGCCUUCAAUUUUUGAAAUCCUAGGGUUCCAACGACCUCAAAUUCAAUUCCUGAAGCGAAUUGAAGAACUAAAACCAGAUCAGAUUUGGAUAUGGCGGAUCGUAAGAAGCUUUACAGUAGAAGACGUGCUUGGGAAAUCGAUGUUUUGGUGGAAAUUAAAUUGGAGUCCUGAUUUGGGCAAUAGAUGGGUUUUAGCUGACAUGAGAUUUGUUCCUUGACUAAACUAGCUUGUGACCUUCAUAGAAGAUUUUGUUCUUCUAUUCGUGAGCCAUUAAACUAGCUUAUCAGCAAGCCAUAUGGACACCUGCAUUGAAGUGUAAAUACUUUUGUCCUUAUUUGGGUUGGAUUACUGCCUGUAGUCAUGGACCGUGAAGGGAGAAUUAAAAAUGCAUGCAAGAAGAUUGUGGAGUGCAUAAAUGCCAUGUCUUUUGUAAACUUAGAUGACCAACGGGUGCAUUCUCUAGUGUUAAUGAGAGAAAUAGCACGUGGGGUUGUUGAAAAUCGAGAUAGAAAGGUAACAAAGAGUGAUGUGACCAGGGCUUUGCACACUAGUAUUGAGAAUAUUGCUAAUGCAUGCAGGGAUAUCGUGUAUAAGUUAAGUAAGAUGUCAUAUAACGGCUUAGAUGACCAACAGAUUCAUUCAUUAUUAAGGGUGAAGGAGAUUGCGGGUAAACAUGCUAAAGUUGCAAGUGUUGGGAGUGAUUCGUGGAUUAGAGAAAGCUUGGAAAGUGAGGAAAUGCGACCAAGCAACAUAGAUGUUCUGGUUGGAGGUGCAGAAAUUCUGAUGAUUGAAGGGUCUCAGGAGGUGGAAAUUGCGGUGAGAAAUGAAGAUGGUCAUAAUGUGGUGCAGAAAAGGCCUGUGACUAGGGCAAAACGUGCCAGCGAUAAUGAUGUGCAAGAUAGAGAGGCACAAACGAAAAUGUCUAAACAUGAGUCAUUAGAGGGGGAAGCUCAGUUAAGAAAUGAUGAUGCUGAAAAUCAGGUGCAGGGGAUUUCAUCACGACCACUGCUUCUGCAGUCUCUUAUCUGGCCUCCAGAUGACCGCAUUACCUUAGGUUGGAUUCAAAAUAUGACAUCCAUCCUUAAGCAGUUAUCACAGGAUAACACCCCCUCCGAGUUUCAUGCUAUAAUGCCAAUCACUGUGGUGGAUAAACUGAUUGAUAAUGCUUCAAGUAUCUUUUCCAAAGAAUUAAACUGUGUGAAGAUUGAUUGUCAAAGAGAGGAUUCGAAAGUUGUUGUAGUGGGUGACCUUCAUGGACAGUUCCAUGAUUUGCUCUAUCUCCUUGAAAAUGCGGGUUUGCCUUCCGAGAAUCAGUUUUAUGUACUCAAUGGUAACUAUGUAGAUAUAGGGGCAUGUUUGGAGGUAUUUUUGCUCUUAUUGGCUUGGAAGGUCUUGAUGCCUCAUAGAGUAUAUUUGCUCCGUGGGAAUCAUGAGUCAAAAGAAUGCACAUUGGCAUAUGGUUUUGAGAAGGAGGUGAAGACCAAAUUUGGUGAUCAAGGUGAAUAUGUCUACAAUAAAUGUCUGGAUUGCUUUAAAGAACUCCCUUUGGCUUCAGUUAUAGCUGGGUCUGUUUAUACCACACACGGAGGGCUUUUCCGCAGUACACACUUUGCCUAUUCUCGAAGGUCUAGAAGAAAAAGGACACAGAGGCUAGAACUUGGCUCUUUGGAAGAGUUAUCCGAGGUUAAGAGAUCUCUAAUAGAUGCUCCAAUUGAGGGCUCGAAUAUAAUAUUAGCUGAUGUGCUAUGGUCAGAUCCAUCACACAGACAGGGUCUGAGUAAAAAUAAAGCUCGAGGACGGGGUUUAUGGUGGGGUUGUGAUUACACUGAGGCUUUCUUGAAAAUGUCCAAGUUAAAGUUGAUCAUUAGAUCACAUGAAGGCCCUGAUGUGAGGUCUGGUCAGUGUCAUCUUGGUGAUAUGCUAAGUGGGUACAGCAUGGAUCAUGAUGUAGGUUCAGGGAAGCUAUAUACCCUGUUUAGUGCUCCAGAUUAUCCGCAGUUCGGUAGAAAGAUGUAUGCCAAUGAAGGAGCGUAUGCGGUACUUAGGUCACCUAAUUUUGAGAUUCCUUCCUUCCACUCAUUCAAAGCUGUAGAAAGACCAAAGGCAGAUCCUUUUGUCACUAUUGACGAUGAAGAUAAGAAGGCAUCAUCUAAUCAUGAAGAUGAGAUAGCAACAUCGGAUGAUGAAGAUGAAAGAUAUUUAGUUGAACAAGAUCUCAGACCAAUGCAUGGAGAAACCUCAACUGCUGCCAUCUCUCCAUCGCAAGAUUCUUCUCCAGUUGAGAUGACUUCUGGGGUUGACUUCAAGGAGCUGGGCAUUUCUAAUCCCCCUUCUUGGAGUGUUCUGUUCCCUGAUGACGCGGGUGGCACCGAGCUCGUUCAAGUUCCCCAGGUUCCUGAGGUGGAAGGACUGCCGCUGCCUCCCGGCAUAGAGGAGCCUCACAAAUCUGCUUAUGAGUACUCUUUCAAGCUUAUUGCUGGCCUAAAGCAUAUGCUCCAGACAAGGGAAGCCGAGAUUAACGGCCAAAAGAGGCGGCGACAUGGCUAGGUCAGCUCCGGGGCAAAGGCAGUUGUGUCAAGCAGUGGCAUGAAAUGUCAGGCAUCACCAGACUAAAGAAUUUCUGGAAAUGUAAUUACAUCACAUGCCGAUGAGUCUAAAGUACUAACUUGGCUUAUUGAUUCCCCAAAAGUCUUUAUUUAUGUAAUUAAACUUAUUCAAACUAAUUGAUUUUGUAUUUCUUAUUCAUUCAAAUGGGUUACUAA